UAUCUUCAACCUUGCAUUCACAUUUUUCACAUCAUCACCAAAGUCAUCAAUCCAAUUUUCCGAGAAAAAAUAAUAAUCUCCGGUCACCGUCUCCAUCUGGUAUAAAACAUUCUUGCAUUUGUAUGGCAGUAAGUUUUUUGAAUCGUGAGGUAUCUGACCUGUGUUUAGGUAAGCCGGCGUUAAAGCCAAUUCCGGCUAAAGCCACUGUAUCUGAGGCGUUGACCGCUUUGAAAAAAUCCGGUGAGACUCAUGUAAGUGUUUGGAGUUGUGACCAUUCUAACAAGGGUGGGGAGGAUUCGGUGUGUCGCUGUGUAGGGAAGAUCUGUAUGGUUGAUGUGAUUCUCUUUUUAUGUAAAGAAGAGAAUUUGAGGGAUCCUUCUAAGGCCCUUGAGACACCUGUCGACAAGAUUUUGCCUAUAGGGAAUUCUAUUGUCAGGCAUUUGGAUCCUAAUUCAAGCUUGCUGGAAGCCAUUGAUUACAUUCUUGAAGGUGCCCAGAACCUGGUUAUACCAAUUCAAAACUACAGGAGCACCCCUUCGAGGAAAAAACUUUUGAGCAAAGCAUCAUCUCUGAGUCCCACGAAUCACAACGGUGUUGAAUACUGCUGGCUAAUGCAGGAAGACAUUGUCCGGUUCCUUCUGAACUCCAUUGGAGUCUUCUCUCCUAUGCCCACUUUUACAAUUGAAUCAGUCAACAUCAUAAAUCACGACAUGAUGACUGUUAGCUAUCAUGACCCUGCAAUCUCUUCCUUGGAUGCCAUUACUCGAGCGUAUAUUGAGCAGAGCUCUGUUGCAGUUGUCGAUGAAGACAACCGAUUGAUUGGUGAAAUCUCUCCCUUCACUCUGGCCUACUGUGAUGAGACGGUUGCAGCAGCAAUCGCGACCCUUUCAGCUGGUGAUCUCAUGACUUACAUUGACUACGGUGGUCCUCCAGAGGACUUGAUCGAGUUGGUCAAGACGAGGUUACAAGAAAAGAAACUUGGGGCAAUGGCGGAACUAAUAGAUGAAGAGUUUUCACUGUCUUCAUCAUCAUCUUCUGCUUCGAGUUGUUCUUCAGAUGAUGAAUCAGGCUUAAGCAAAGUUACUGUGCUAGGUCGAUAUUCUUCAGCAAGAAGAUCUGAGGCCAUUACUUGUUAUCCAUGGAGUUCAUUGGUGGCUGUGAUGAUUCAAGCUCUUGCGCAUCGUGCUAAUUCCAUUUGGGUCAUGGAUGAGGCUCAUAAUUUGAUCGGAGUUGUAACAUUUAAAGGAAUUCUGGAAGUUUUCAGGAGUAUUGCUAAUGCGAGGCGUAAACCAGAAAGGGAGAAUACAUCAAAGCAAUAAUGAACACAUAUUUGCCACAUAUAUAUAUAUUGUUAAAUGUCUUUUAAAUGCGACUAUGUUUGCAUAAAUUUUGCUUGAAUGAACAGAAGGCUUAUUGGUGGUGAUUGGAAAACAAUUUGUUUGAACUAUUAUCAUGUACUAUUUCUCUCUC